AUGGCUCUCAAGGCAACCACGCUCAGCGCUGCUCAACGAUUCGUGCGCGGCUUUAUGCCGUACCUAGACAACACCGGCUCUCCCGCACACUCCGUGGUCGAGCUGGAGAAGUACCUGAAAGACAACCACCCCUCCGCGCAGCGACUCGACCAGUUCGCGCCAUGGGUCCUGGAGAAAGGCAACACCUACUACGUGGCGGACGCCAACGCCACGAUGAUGGCGUUCCACGUCGGCAAGAAGUUCAACGCCGAGAAGGGAGGCUUGCUGAUCACGGCGGGGCACACCGACUCCCCUGCGCUCAAGCUGGAGUACAAAUGUGAGAGCACGGCGCAUGCGUUCAACCAGGCCGUGUCGCUCACCUACACCUCCGGCCUCUGGCACACGUGGCUGGAUCGCGAUCUCGGGCUGGCAGGACGCGUUAUCGUGCGCAAGAACGGCCUGCUCGAGGAGAAGCUGGUCCGCAUCGCCAAGCCGCUCAUAGUCGUGCCGAACCUGUCGGUACACCUCCAGCACUCGGCGGAACGGGAGGUGCUGAAGCUCAACAGGGAGAAGCACCUCAGGGGCAUCGUGUCUACAGAGGCGGUGCACAAGCUCAACUCCAAGAGCUCAAAGCCGAUCUUGGCGUACGUCGCUAAGGAAAUCGGGGUCAAGGAGGAGGACAUUGUCGACAUGGACCUGUGCCUCAUGGACAACGCCAAGUCCGCCCUAUCCGGGCUCUACGAGGAGUUCCUGUCGUGCGCGAGGCUGGACAACCUGGCGUCCUGCUUCGGCGCCAUGGGAGGGUUCAUCGACUUCGUCAACGGAAAAGAGGCUGAGGAGUCGGAGUUCGUCACCUGCAUCAUGUUGUACAACUACGAGGAGAUGGGGUCGCAGAUGUCGUCGGGUGCCGACUCGCAGGUCACGGUCGAAUGGAUCGACAAGGUGUACGCCUCCCUGGGGGCGUCGUUGGGCAAGACCAAGGACCGCGCGCUCAUCCUCAACGUGGACAUGUCGCACGCCAUCCACCCCAACUACCCAGAGCGGCACUCGGACACGCACCAGCCGCACUUCCACGAGGGGCUCGUCAUGAAGCGCAACGUCAACGGGCGCUACGCCACGGAACUCAGGGCGGCGGCCGUCAUCAUCGAGACCGCGCGCUCAUGCGACGUCCCCGUGCAGGAUUUCAGGGUGCAGAACGACAGCCCCUGCGGCUCCACGGUGGGGCCGUUCCUCUCCAGCAGGCUCUGCGUGCCCGUGGUCGACGUGGGGAUCCCGCAGCUCGCCAUGCACUCGAUCAGGGAGGUAUGCAGCACCGUCGACAUAUGGCACCUCAAGGAAGUUGUCAACGUUAGUUCACUUUGA